AAAUGAAAAUAUCGAAGAACCAUCUCUUACUUCUACUGCAUAUUCUGCAGAUUGAUUCCGGACAAUUCGCUGAGAAUUCAAGGAUUUUUCAAAUCAAUGUCGAGGAUACUCCACUGAAUCCAUGCCGGUUUAAUAGCGAUUGCGAAAUCCAGUGUUUGGAUGGAAACUUUUCCACGGAUGCGUACAUUGAGUCAAUUAAUUCCACAUACUUCGAUAACGAUGAAUGCCAUUCAACUGGCGUCAAACUAAUUAUACCGACCACGUACUUCACCGACAAAACUCUAAAGUCAAAGUGGCUACCGGUUGAUAUUAACAUCAUCGAUUUGGACGUCGAUUUCAAUAAAACUUGUGUUUUCCAGCAAAAUGCAUUCGUCGGAAAGCAGUUCCUCAGUGUGAAAAAGUCAAUUGCCUGAUGCGAA